AUGCCGCUGUUUCCCCUGUUACGGGAGCAGCUCUCUGGCCGGGGACAACCCCACAUUCGUCGCAUGCUGCCCUGUGCACAUUGCCCGAAGAUGACUACAACAGAGAAGGCGCAGUUGCGGGAAAUGAACGUUCUUUCCUACGAUCAGUCUGACCUCCUAAGGCAGAUUUCAUCGGCAUGGGAGCGGGGAGAUCUCAACGCACUGCACCGGUGCUUGCAGGAGUGCACCGUGUACUUUGAUCCCAAUAAGCCGCAUUUAUUAGCAUAUUUUGUGAGUCUUGGUGGCAUUGAUUUGUUUGCCACUUUGCUGUGUGAUGUGACCAUGCCGGCACGGCUGAGUAAGGCAUCCACGCAUCAAUUUGGUUUUAUGGAUACCAAAGGCCAUGCCCCGUGGCAGCUCGUCAGAGCCAUUGCGACAUUGAUGCGUGUGCUGACAGAGUUGCUUGUCUGUCACAAUGAACUGGGUUGGCAUUACUAUGAUAGUUAUCCCGGACUUUUUUUCAGACUGUUGGAACUAGCAAAGGUGGCUGAACUGCGACUCACCGCAGUUGUCAUGCUGGAGCAUCUGGUUCUGAGCGUAGGCCCAGUGUUGGAGAUAUCGAAAGUACCGGCGUUACAGGAACUGAUUCGCACCAGUGAUGAUGCAACACUUGCCAUUUUGUGUCGUGUAAUUGCGUUACUUAUUGUUCCGGGUGUGGUUUUGAAUCAGCGUGAAUCGCCUCACCAAAGUCUUGUCUACCCCGAGUCUCUCCUGCCGCUUCAACGUAUUCAGCGGGUCAUUGAUAGCAACGUUCUCUGGCUGAUUGGAGAGAAGGACCUCGUCAAGCGACUUGUGAUGUUGUGCGAGGUGCGUGGAGCAGGUGACCUUCGUGCCAUGAUGCAGACCGAGCGUUCUGUCACCUCGCUGGAAGGAAUUGUUUUCGAGCCGGUUAUGCAGGAGUUGUCCACCACCGCGAUUGCGGCCUUACCGUCAUUGGGUGGUGGUUUUCCAGCAAACAACCCUUUUGGCGGCUUGGAUUUUGGGCAGCUGGGGUUGGUCGCUUCGCGGGCUUUGGGCCGCAACAGCAAUGGCAGUGGCACUAGCAACAGCAACAACAGUGAUCCCGCGACUCGUUUCGAUUGGGUCGGAGGACGCGGCUACGGCGUGGAAGAGCUCAUAGAAGACGCCGGGGGCACACCGCCUCCGCAGGCAUUAGGUGCCAUGAUGGGCAUGUGGCCGGAAGAAGACACCACCUCCGCCGCCUCUAUCGCGACGGUUGGCUCAAAUGUAGACUUCAGCUGGUUUGUCGGAUGCGCUGACGCAAAACAACGGUGGCGAAUGCGUGACUUGACACUGCGUGAGGAAGUGGAUGACAAUUGUCCACUUCUAUGCGGGUUUGGGCCGGUAACGGACAGUAAGUCAUACGAGGCGUUUCGAAAGGAGAGUCGCUUCUUUUGGCAGUUUCUCGCCCCGGUGCUGAAGGACCCCAGUGUAUCCUACGGCCCGCAGGUCAUUGUGGGGGCGCAAAGUGAGAUUCUGUUUGUACUAAACCUUAUGCUAUCCACAUUCUUCUUUGGGGACGUCUGGUGCAAGCUACGGGAUUGUCACUGGAUUAAUGCCGCAAGCCGAUUUUAUGACUCUGCCUUUGAUUCACGCGCACAUCCCCACUCCUUUUUACCGUACAUGGAGCAGUUACAGCGGUCGCUGGAGCUUCGCCAGCUCCCGCGCUUCUUGGAGCCAGCCGAGUCCAGUGAGGAGAGGGUGAGUGCGGAAAGAGGAGGACAAGAAAGGAGUGAGGAGGACGAGGAGGAGGGCGAGGUGAAAAACGGUGAACCAGGUGAGGUGCAGCAGGAGGACACAAGCCGGAACAACAAGAGCAAUGGUAGCAGUAAAAAUCAGUGGGAGCAAUUCCUUCUUGCGGCGCAGUUGGGUGAGGACACCGAGGCAUUUAUUCGCCACGCCGCCUACCAUGGAGUGUCCGACGAUGACGAUGGAUUUGAUGAAAAGAACCAUCAGCACGACCCAAACACGAUUCGAAAGUUGGAGCUGCUGCGCGGUGUGCAGGAGUUCUGGAACGCGCAGGACCGUCGCGAGUGCUCCAUGCUCCACGAAGGUGAAACCGCCAAGGAGUCGGCACCACUUGCGCUCAAAAUUGCUUUGACGUUGGCUCGGCAAAACGAGGACAGUUGUGUGGAGACGUCUGCCUGUCAUGCUCUGGAGGGAUACUUACGCUGUUUUUCCUUUCCAGUGCGUCAAAAGAGUGCCGCAGAUGCCCCUCAGACGGUGUUAGGCGACGUGCUGAUGCGCUCCAUUUUUGAACACCGCGUAUACAAUGCAACAUACGUACCAGGCCUUAGUGGGUCGCUUUCUCCGGCAAAACGUAUAGACAGUUUUUUUGCGCUUCUCGGAGAACUUGUCCGCUACCACUACGGUAACCUCACACUUCUUCAAGACUACGUUACAGGAUCAGUGGGUCUGCUUCAUCUUAAUAAUCCCUCCGCAGCGUCUUCCCUGCAUGGUCAGUUAAACCAUGCGACCUCAGAGCAUGUCGAACAGCUGUUGCGUCUACCACCAUUAGAUAGGGAGGAAAAUGAGCCGUUUGCGAGGGUUCUUCUUCGGCGCAUGUGCCGUCACGGAUGUGACACAAACUUGUUUUUGCGCAGCCUUCUUCUUUCAUUGACUCCCGGUCUGCGUUCCAGAGUGAAUUAUCUCUGGAAACCUGUGACGUCACUUACGGUGGACGUGAAAGAGACAUUGGACGGUCCUGCUCGCAUAGGAGACGUCGUGACAGGUCAUCCAAAUCGUCUCAAUUACAUUAGGAAAUACUCGAGACGAUUCGUCGCGAUUCUGAGCGAGAGGCGGGCAGCCGCAAAGAAAAGCCCUUCUGGGACCGACGCAAAAACGGCAGAGCGCGACGCUUCUACCGUUUUUCUUCCCUUGUCUUCUUCAGCAGAUUCCAAACUUUCGUUGUGGGAUAUGCUCCAGAUACUCUUGCGAUCCCCGCAUCGUCUCCUGCUGGAGGAGCGGCCGUUUCCCUGCUUCUUUGAUGAUUAUGACCGGGCACUCAUUGUUGGUGAUAUCGAAUUGCCACCCAUUGGUCCCCCACCGCAGUUUUUGGUGCCGCUUUUUCCCGAACUUGUGGAUGAUGGGGGUGAUGGGGGCCUCGGCUCGCUUGCAGGGCUUGAAAGGGCGCUAUUACAGGAGCCACACAAACUUGUGUACAGCAUGCUGGGUCCACUAAAUGCGGAGAGGAUUCAGAACGCCGGACGACUCUGCGUUGUCACGACAUGUGUGUUGGUUUUUGUUCGUGCCGCUCGCUUGGGUGGGGGGGAUGCUGUCCACGAAAUACUGAGAAGUCUCAAGUCACUGGCGAUGGUAAGUUAUGCGAAAUGGAAAAAGCAAAGAAACGCGCCCAAUCACUGCAACAAGAGGUGGAUUCGUCGUGCGAAGCAAGUUGGGAGCUGUGUAAGUCGCCUUCCCAGAGAGGGUUCUUGCUACUGCACGGCAAACGAUGGAUCGGCGCGUUGUUCGGCCUUUUUGUUUCAUGGCCACUGCGCUCCUAUGAGCGCGAGUGAGCAGUAUUACUAUCGCUACGGCGGUUGUUUUUUCCGUAACAUGUUCCGUCUCAUGUGUGUGUGGAUUGGUCACUACGGUGCCUGCCAGCGAUAUGUGGAGACAAUUUACUACUGCACGGAGGUUCCAUUCGCGGAGACAAAAUGUGUUGUUUUAUACUUAAUGCGUGUGCUCCCUGACUACUUUUUGGGAUGA